GCUUUAUCCGACAGCAUAUUUUGCCAAGUAGACCAGACGUUUUUCACCAAAUGGAAACGACAAGAAGAAAGAAAUCUACUGCCCUUUACUUUAGCUAAUGGAGAUAAACCUAGACGUCUCUGUCAUUAUCUAUCUAGGGUUAAGGAAAGUAGCAAUUUCAGGGAUUUUUUUUUUCCUGUUAAUUUUGUGGGAUUUGAUUUCUACAAAAUUAAGGAAAAAAAGUGAGAAAAAAUGGGGAGAGGAAAGGUUCAGUUGAAGCGUAUAGAGAAUAAAAUUAAUAGGCAGGUGACUUUCUCGAAGAGGAGGACGGGUUUGCUGAAGAAAGCUCAUGAACUCUCUGUGAUGUGCGAUGCAGAAGUAGCUUUGAUUAUUUUCUCCAACAAAGGAAAGCUCAUUGAGUACUCCACUGAUUCUUGCAUGGACAGGAUCCUAGAGCGAUAUGAAAGAAAUUCAUUUGCGGAGAAGCAAUUGGUUUUAAACGAUCCUGUGUCACCUGCAAACUGGACCCUAGAAUAUAACAAACUCAAGGCUAGAAUUGAGUUACUGCAGAGAGAGCAAAGGCAUUAUAUGGGAGAAGAACUGCACUCUCUAAGCCAGAGAGAUCUUCAGAAUUUGGAGCAACAACUUGCAAUUGCUCUUAAGAAUAUUCGAUCUCGAAAAAAUCAACUAUUGUAUGAAUCGAUAUCUGAACUGCAGCGAAAGGAGAAGGCAUUACAAGAACAGAACUAUAUGCUAGCAAAACAGAUAAAAGAAAAGGAGAAGGAAAUGGUACAGCAACCACAUUGGGACCAGCAAAAUCAUGGCAAUAAUAUGCCUACAUUCUUAAUGGCAUCUCAACUUCCUUGCCUUAACAUCAAUGGCGCUUACGAAGGAGUAGCAACAGAAGAUGGAAGGAUUAAUGGUCUUGAUCUCAACAUGGAUUCACUCUACUCGUGUCAUCUUGGAUGCUUUCCUGCAUGAGAACAUGUAUAUAUAUGAACACUGGUUCUGUAAUUUUAAUAAUUUUGUUUCUAUAUGUUGAUAUAUAGACACGAUAAAAUUGGUACAGAAAAUAAUGACAAGAUAUUCUCCAAUUUUAUUGUAUUCAACUAUUUAAUCUUAAUAACUUCCAAUCCUAUGUACAUGAAUAUAUGGAAAUGUAUAUUCAGGGCGUGUAAUAU